GGGGUGGGUCUAUGUGGCGGUUGGGCAGCUUGAGGCCUCGGUGACGCAAUCCGCGGGCCAAUGGGGAGCGGCGCUGGGUGGAGCCCGGGACGUGGCCGCCGAGCGGACGCAGCCGAGCGGAGCCAUGACCCGCGGUAACCAGCGUGAACUGGCCCGUCAGAAGAACAUGAAGAAGCAGACUGACACGGGCAAGGGGAAGCGGCGCGAUGACGGCCUGUCGGCUGCUGCCCGGAAGCAGAGAGACUCUGAGAUAAUGCAGCAGAAGCAGAAAAAGGCCAGUGAGAAGAAGGAACAACCAAAAUAACGUGUGGGGAACUUGGUCUGGCCCAGGAGAAGUGAGGCAGCAUCCCUGCCCUUCACCUUUGUGAUUGCCCUGCCCUCCUCUCCAGCCCACCACAGCCUUCUGGCCCUCUUGCUGGUAGAAUGCAAAGCGUGUAGCCCGCCGGGAUUGCCCGCGCCUGAUGUACGUUCUCCCCACUCUACAAUGUGCAGCCAGUGUUGGCCCAGAGGGGUGGCCUGGCGCUGUGUAGCCAAGCAGCUGCAGGAGCCCCUCCCCCUUCUUAUUCACAUCGGACCCACUUCCAUGUAUUAAAGUAGCUUUUGGAUUC